GUGCAAGUUGCACGACAACAGCGCGUCGUGCACUUUAGCAUUUUUCAAAACCUAUUUACCCUAAAAUUUAUUACACUUCCUUUUUUUUUUUUUUUUUUUUUUUGAAAAUUUUGUUUUCCCUAAACUUUCUCCGAAGCACAAGUUGAAUAGAGACAUUCUGACGGUGGCGAGUGAAAUGGGGAAUUUGGCUUCCAUUCUUGGCCGUGAUUCUCCUAUUGCUUAGCUACAACUUCAAAAUUUAUCGCUUUCUCAAAUUCCAGAUUCUCACAAAAUCAAAAAAUUAAAUUAAAAUGAAUAGCGCCUUCAAAACCACUUUGACCCACUCAAACCCUAAUCGUCUCUCUUCCACUCUCAGAUUCUUCCAUUCUACUCCUCCAUUGGAACGCAAAAGACGCGGUUUUUGGAAUUCUAGAAACAACAACUACUCCAGACGAUUUAGAAAGAUGCAGUCGAAACAAUCGUUGCUUCGAAAUAUUAAUGAAUAUGCAGAAUUCAUGUUUCAGAAUUGGAAAGAAGGUAUUGAUGAGGAUGAUCCAUCUUCAAGCCGAGACACCUCGUGGUUUAAAAAACAAUAUUCUCAUAAGGACACUAGAAGGGACAAUAAUGGCAAUCAAGGAAAAUAUCGUUAUAGAAGAAAUCAUGAAUUUUGUGAAGAUGAUAUUGAUGUUGAAAACAUUUUGCGUUCUGCCUUUGGUGGGAGUCGAGGCUUCUAUUGGUCAUUUAUAAAUGAGGAAAAUCCUCAAUGGGAGAGGUCAGGAAACUUUUCUAAUUUUGGUAAAUCUUGGAAGUGGAGACAUCAAAGUGACAAAGGAUACGGCUCCUCAAAUGGCUCGGAAUCUGAGUCGGAGUCUGAAUGUUUGCGUUCAAAUUCAGUCUCAGAUAGAUUAGCCCUUGGAUUGAAUGCUUCUGGUCCUCUGAAACUUGAAGAUGUGAAAAUUGCGUACCGAACUUGCGCCCUUAAAUGGCAUCCUGAUCGCCAUCAAGGCUCUUCUAAGGUUAUAGCAGAAGAAAAGUUCAAGCGUUGCAGUGCAGCUUAUCAAUCAUUGUGUGAUAAGUUGGCUGUAAAUUAAGGAUGAGUAAGUUUUUUCUACAAAUAUCCAGCUCUCAACAGUCAUUUGCGCAUACUGAUUGAUUUAACACAGCUUAAUUUCAUUAAAUUGUAGUUUGUAAUAGUUUUAAUGUACACUAUUGGGAAUAAUAUGUACACUGCUUCACCAUAAAAAUUUAUUAUUAGUUCAUCACCAUUUCAUUUUGCGGUGUAAUAAACAUGCUCUUAAUUUGUACUCAUGAUGGUGGAAUGAGAUAUUUACUACCACCCUAUUUAUUAUCUAACCUUAUUUUAAAUUCUU